GUGCUGCCCGUCCCCGAAGGGCCCCGGUUGGGGGCUGACGCUGUCGGACGAGCCCCUUGUACCAGAUCGUACGCUCAGGCCGUGAUCCGCAAGGAGAGCUGCACCGGCCAACGCUGCCCACACCGCCAGCCUCGGCAGCUGGACGGGGGGCCCGGCCCCCCCGCCCCCCGGCCCCCCACAGGCACCCUCUGCAGGACCUUUGCCGCCGUGCGGAGAGCGGCCUGCUCCGGCGCAUCAGCCACCUCCGGCGAGCGCGAGAUGCAGGAGAGCCUGUUCGAGGUGCUGACGUCGGAGGCUUCGUACCAGCGCUCGCUGCGCCUGCUGGCCGAGCACUUCGUGGAGUCGCGCGAGCUGGGCGAGACGCUGGUGCCCCGCGAGCGCCAGGCCCUGUUCUCCAGCAUCCUGCGGGUCAAGGAGAUCAGCGCCAGGUUCCUGGAGGCGCUGGAGCAGCGCGUGGCCGAGAACCUGCAGAUCCGCGACCUGAGCGACGUGGUGGCCGCCCACGCCCGGAGCGACUUCUCCGCCUACGUGGAUUACGUCCGCAACCAGCCCUACCAGGAGCGGGAGUACAGCGCCCUCAU